AUGGCGGAAAUGCCGAUGACAGAAGAGGAAGAGCUGCAGAAGGCCGCCGCCAUGUCAGGGAUCCGCUACACGAUCGACAAGACGUGGGACGGCUUACCUCUGAACCACGACCCUAUUCAGGUUUUCAUAAAGAGAAUCAAAUAAUCCAAUGAUGAUUUAGGUCGACCUGAAAUGGCACUUCGAACGGCUUUCAGGAAGGCCACAUAAGCGCGUAGUUCGUAUCACUUUCGACGUAAGUUUUAACUCCAAAUAAUUGAAAAUUAAAUUGAAAGAACUUUUAGGCGCCAUUCUUCGACGAUCCAGAACCAAACGAGCCUCCAGGUGUCACAGACAAGGUAUCCAAUUGCUUUUUAACAAAAAAUAAGUCAAUUUUUAAGCUGUGGAAUUACGAAGUGAUGGAGUUUUUCUUCGCCAAUGACCGCGGACAGUACCUAGAGAUAGAAGUUGGACCUCAUGGCCACUGGCUCUGCCUUCUGUUUGACGGCGUCCGCACCACUGUCAACCACGGUUAGAUCAAUUUUUGUUUUCAGAAUAAAGAGAAUAAUGAGAAUAUAGUUAGGUAAAACAAGAAUGACUUUGGAAAGAUAGAAAAGCUAAAAAAGGGUCAUAUAGUGCCCUAACGAGCAAUUGUGAAAACAGUUCAUAAAUAUCUAAAGAAAGUAUUAAAAAAAAGGUCAUAAGUUGAAAAAAAAAAUCAUACAUAAAUUAUAAAUGUUCUUACAAAGAGCCCGUAAAAAAUCCCGUAAAAGUCCGAGCUCUUCAGAGUUAAUCGAAAAAUUCAGGAGAGGAACUCGAGUUGGAAUGCAGAAAUAAAUGGCGCGGCGAUCGCUGGUUGGGAGAAAUCGAAGUUCCUCUCGCCUACUUCCCAUCUAGUGAGUUUCCAUCUAGAGACCUUUUGGAAUAAAAGAAACCUAAGGUUUUAUUAAACGUUAAUAGUGAAUAUUAAGGAAUCACGACGUUCAAUUCCUACCACAUCCACGGCGUCGACGAUGAACGAGUUUAUGCGGCGCUGUACCCCGUGACCGAUGGAACACACACGGUAAAUUUUUCCUGGAGGUUUUUUCGCUAUUUCAAACAUCAUUUUUAUGGGAAUGUUUCUCCAAAACUUGAUAGGUAUAACACGUUUUUCAAGCAGUUUUUUUUUUGCAACAGUCGAGUCUGAUCACUGAAGUUUAAUCAGUACGUUUUAUUGAAAAAGAAAAUUCAUACGAAGGUUAGAAAAUAUGAUACAUAUUUGGAAGAAGAAAAGGUUGCUUGGAUAAAAUAAUAAAAUGUGUCCCAUAGUGCUUGGUUUCCAACAUAUGUGAUCUAGAAAAAGUAUUCCAAUGGAAUAUGUGCUUUUUUUUCGCAAUAAUUCCAAUUCUGGCUUAACUAGCUUAUUUUCUUCGGAGGUACAUUGUUUUAAAGUUAUUAUUUUUUUUCUUAAGACUUUUUUCGAUUUUCUGAACUCAGCUUAAAUCGUUGGAAAGUUCAGGGCUAUCUUCCUGUUCUAUCUUUAAUUCGAGCAUUAUUUUUAGACAGAAAUAUUUCAGGAACCCGACUUUCAUCGUCUGCAGUUCUUCCAGCGGAUCAAUAUCCGCCGCGUGAUCCCAGACGGCUACGGAGACCGUCCUUUUGCCGAUUUCAAGUACGGCGACCUCUGGGCCGGCCACUACUGA